AUGCCGCCCAAGAAGCUGUCCAUAUCGCGCAUACGGGCAGAUAGCAGUGUGCGCAGCCACGAUCCCGAUCUCAAUCGCCGCCCUUCCUCCUUGUCGCACAGCCAAUCCACUUCAUCCAACUCCCGUGUCGCCAGUCAGCGACAUCGCUCGUCUGCUUCAUCCACGACACCUCGUAAAAGUACGCAAUCCAACGCACCAUCCAAGUCGAGCCGACCCAAACGAUCCACACAGCCCAAAGCAAGCGCUCGCAUCCUGCACAUCUACCAGGACGACAUCGAGGAAACACGAGUGCAGAACCGCUUUGCUCCCGAUCCACGCACGCAGCGCCAAAACGUAUCCUACCGUCCUCUCACUCUCACACAGAAAGCUUGGCGAGAUGGCUCGCUCUUUCAAUACCCCACCCUCAGCGGUAUGUGCUGCUCCAUCAUAGCCUCGUGCUUUGACGCUCUCUUACCGUCUCGGGAUCAUUUCAACGCUGCCGCUGCUCCAAUCGACUCCUCAAGCAGCAGCCGUUCAAUACGCAACUCGCACACGCACCCUCUCAAGACUCGCUCCAAUCCUCGCAAGCGAUCUAGAGCCAGAGCCUUUGGUGAAACUCCUGACUUGGACGACGACGACGAGCACGACUAUGUUCCCAGCGACGACGAGACAUUGGCUCUCACCCCCUCGUCCGUAUCCUCGCACCGCCGCACAUUCCCCGCUCGCGUAUCCUCAUCUACAAGCACCAAGAGUGACGCCAUCUCGAGUCAGCUCUUGGCUGGCUGGACCACCUCCGAUCUGCACUACCUCACUCGCAAGACAUCCGAGCAGCUCAAGUUGCUCUCCCCGGCCGCAUCGUUCCUUCUCUUUCAAGCUCUGGUCGACCAAGCGCCGCAGUACCUCACCAAGACAGUCGUCAGCAACUACUUUCUCCCCUCGAUCCUAGCCAGCUCAACAUCGUCAUCUUCGGCUACCACAGCUGCAAAGACACACGUCUGGUUGCCAGCCUCAAUCCCCUUGUUGUCUCACGACAAGUCGGCCGCAUCUUUUCUCGUCGCCCACCUCACCAAUGCGCUCACAUCUUUUCGCGAGCAUCCGCCGUCGAUCUUGAGCCAAGCUUCGGCUCAAGACAUGCCACUUGCUGCUCUUCCAUCUACGCUCGUCCUGGCUCGACCGGCGACGUUCGCUUUGCGUUGCCUCCAGCUUCACGGCCUCACGCGCUUGCAAGACGGCACUCUUGCCCGCUUCUUCGAGGCAGCAAUCGCUCCUGCCCAGAGGCAAGCCAUACUUUGUCUUGAAAUCGUCUCUCUGCGUGGGUGUGUGGCGAUCGGCGACCGCACCGUGAGCGCCAUCUGCCGCUCCACCGCCACAACACUGCGCUACCUGAAUUUGGACUGUACCGACAUCACUGCCGACUCGGUGACACAGAUUAUGAAGCUCCUGCCUGACCUACACACGCUCAAGCUGGGUUACAACGACAACCUCUCGGACAAGACGCUUCAACGGGCUUUACAGGCACCUAGCGUCGGUGGCACUCUCCCCUUUUCCAAACUGGUCAAUCUUCGUCUACGUCAGUGUGGUCAGGUCUCGGAUGUUGGUGUUGCGUGUUUCCUCAGGUACGCUUAUAGAACGCUCGAGGUGCUUGAUAUUUCCGGCACGGGUGUUGGAGGCGCCAAUGCGCAUCAGCCUGACUGGAGCAUCUUGCUCAUGAGUUUCUUUCCCAUGGGUCUAUCUGACGCUCCGGAUGCUGCAAGGACAACUACUUUGGCGCUGAGAAAGCUCAACCUACUCGAUACGAACGUUGACUACGACUCGCUGAUCAAGUUGAUCGAUCGAUCGCCCAGUAUGGAUACACUUUUGCUUCGACAGAUGCGCAGCCGACUCACUCGAGAUGGGAUGAUCGGCUUGCUUGAAAGGCUGGUUUCGCACACGGAUCGCGGUUGGCGCCAACGCGCUUGCGCUUGGAAGCGUUUGCAUUUGCGCAUCCUCGACGUAGGCGAUGAAUUUGCCGACUUGUUUCCGCAGCUUCUCAGCAUGUUUCCGCGACUGAGCAUCGACAGCCUCAAGUCGUCGCAAACUCAGACGAGUUUCUUCUACCAUGUGCCACAUCGCAUGCGUCCGGGAACGGCGAUUGUCGAGCACCUCGAGCUUGCGCAUGCACGACUUUGCGAGCACGCAUGGCGCUUUUUGGGUCGGAUCACUACACUCCGCACGCUCGAUCUCAGCGACACGGCUGUACCAGAAAACAUCGUAGCCGACACAAUCGCCGCCAAUCCGUUUCUCGAGACCAUCGAUCUCACGCAUUGCAGGCACGUCAGCAUCUCAACGCGUAGAAAUGCGUUUCGUCUCGUCGCACACACGUAG